UGAGAGAAUCGCAAUUGGCAAAAUUCCAAAUAGAAAAAAACUACUCUACAAGAAAAUAAACAAAUUUGCAAUUAUCAAUCAUCGGAUCAUCACAGAUUCGCAGCUGAGGACAUACUAGUCACUAGUAGCAUCCCACUUCAAAUUAAACACCAUUUUGCUACCUUCAGAUCAUUACGAUUUUUUUGGGGGGGACAAUUUUGGGGUUAGGUGCAAAUAGCUCAUACGAAGUAUUUAAUUCAUUUUUAGAAAACUUGAUUAAAUUUGGCUUUGUUCUUAAUUUAUAAGAUUCCUCUAAAAAUUUCAUAUUUUACCCUCAUAUACAUUCUACCCGUUAACCAUUUUCAGAUCUUCAGGUCAGUCUCCUGCUAAAUUUUUUUUUUAUUCAAAUUUCUUUAUUUUUGCGCUUACUCCUGUUUUUCAAAUUGUGAUUAACUUCAAUUUUUUUUUUUUUGGAAAUUUAUGUUAUUUUCCUGUAAGUAAGAUGAAUUUGGAGAUACCCAUUUGAUCAAACUUAAAUUUUCCAAGAGUAUAUUCUUAAUUUUCUUUUUUUUUUAAUAAUAAAAUAUUUGAAUAUACAUAGUAAAUGGUUUUACAAUUUGAUUGCUGAUAGAGAGAUUUGGUUAAUUAUGUUAUUAUGAGAAGAAUAUUGUAGAUUUUAUUGAGAAAUUAGUGUUUUGGGAAAUGUUGAUAAUGCAAAAAAAGAAUUGCUCUUGGUCACUUAUUGCUGUUGUUGGGUUAGUGGUAUUGUUAGUCUUUCUAGUUCAAUUCUUUUGUUUACCUUAUAAACCUACACUAGAUUAUUUUAGUAUAAAACAAGCUCAAACUACAUGUAUUUCAUCAAAUAUAUCAACCAAAAAAGACACUCAGCAUAAUGCUGGAGCCUUCCUAUCGGGGCUCGACUUGGCCUGUCGAUUUCCGGCUGAUUUGCAUAAGGCAGUUGUUUACCGUGGCGCUCCUUGGAAGGCCGAGGUUGGGCAGUGGCUUUCGGUUUGUGAUUCGGUUGUUAAGGAAAUAAAUGUCACUGAGAUUAUUGGUGGGAAGGUCUGCAAAAGCGAUUGCAGCGGUCAAGGGGUUUGCAAUCAUGAACUUGGACUGUGUCGAUGUUUUCAUGGAUACAGUGGUGAACAAUGUUCAGAGACACUGUAUCUGGCUUGCAACUAUCCAGUAACUCCUGAUCUACCUUAUGGUCGAUGGGUCGUCUCUAUAUGCCCGAGUAAAUGUGAUACAACAAGAGCUAUGUGCUUUUGUGGAGAAGGUACAAAGUAUCCAUAUCGUCCUGUGGCUGAGCAUUGUGGAUUUAAGAUCAAUGCAAAUGCUACACCUCCAUCAACUGACUGGGGAAAACCUGAUUUGGAUGUAUUCACAACAAAUAGUAGCGUGGCAGGGUGGUGUAAUGUGGACCCAGAAGAUGCAUAUGCUGGAAAGGCAAAAUUUAAAGAGGAAUGUCAUUGUAAAUAUGAUGGUCGCAUUGGGCAAUUUUGUGAAUAUCCAGUUAUAUCCACCUGCAUUAAUCAGUGUUCCAGCCAUGGCUAUUGUCGUGGUGGAUUUUGUCAGUGUCAUGAAGGCUGGUACGGAGCUGAUUGUAGUAUCCCUUCAGUUUUCUCAUCCUUAAGAGAGUGGCCUCAGUGGCUACAUCCAUCUAAGAUUGAUAUGCCUAGCUAUGCACAUGCUGUAGAAAGUAUGAAGGGUCUUGGCGCUUCAGUUACAAAGAAAAGGCCCCUGAUAUAUGUUUAUGAUUUGCCCCCAGAAUUCAAUAGUCUUCUCCUUGAGGGACGCCAUUUCAAGUUUGAGUGUGUAAACAGACUCUAUGGUGAAGGGAAUGCUACUGUGUGGACAGAACAGCUUUAUGGUGCACAGAUGGCAAUCUAUGAAAGCUUUUUAGCUAGUCCGUAUAGAACUUUAAAUGGUGAAGAAGCAGAUUUUUUCUAUGUGCCGAUUCUUGAUUCAUGUAUCAUUACUCGUUCGGAUGACGCUCCCCACAUUAAUUUGCAGGAUUAUAGGGGCAUUAGGAGCUCCUUCACUUUGGAUUUCUAUAAAAGGGCAUAUGAUCAUAUCGUACACAAUUUUCCUUAUUGGGAACGUUCAUCUGGAAAAGAUCAUAUUUGGAGUUUCUCAUGGGAUGAAGGUGCUUGCUAUGCCCCCAAGGAGAUAUGGAACAGCAUGAUGUUGGUUCACUGGGGGAACACUAAUUCGAAGCAUAAUCAUUCAACCACUGCCUACUGGGCUGACAACUGGGAUGACAUUUCCAUUGAUAGAAGAGGCAACCAUCCCUGUUUUGACCCAAGCAAAGAUCUUGUUCUUCCUGCUUGGAAACGGCCUGAUGGGAACUCCUUUAAAGCCAAACUUUGGGCAAGGCCUCGUGCCCAGAGGAUGACACUUUUUUACUUUAAUGGGAAUCUGGGGUCUGCCUAUGAAAAUGGCAGACCGGAAGCUACAUAUAGCAUGGGUAUUAGACAAAAGCUCGCAAAAGAAUUUGGUUCAAUUGUUGAUAAAGAUGGGAAGCUAGGUAAACAGCACCAGAAUGAUGUACUUGUGACACCUUUACGCUCUGAAAAAUAUCAUGAAGAAUUGGCUAGUUCUGUUUUCUGUGGGGUCUUUCCUGGAGAUGGUUGGAGUGGUAGAAUGGAAGAUAGCAUUCUCCAAGGUUGCAUUCCUGUGAUAAUUCAGGAUGGCAUCUUUCUUCCGUAUGAGAACGUUCUCAACUAUGAAAGUUUUGCUGUUCGGAUUGCCGAGGAUGAUAUUCCAAACUUGAUAAAGAUUCUCAGGGGGUUUAAUGAGACAGAGAUAGAGUUUAAGCUGGCUAAUGUACAGAGAAUCUGGCAGCGGUUCUUGUAUCGUGAUUCUGCCUUGCUUGAGGCUGAGAGGCAGAAAUCUGCCUUCGGUCGUGUUGAUGAUUGGGCUGCAGAGAUGUUGCAAUUUACUGAAGAUGAUGUCUUUGCCACACUUAUACAGGUUUUGCAUUACAAGCUUCACAAUGACCCUUGGAGGAAACGAGUUCCUCAAUCAAGGAGGGAUUCUGGUCUGCCAAAUGAAUGCUUGAUAUAUAGCUAGCUGAGGUCUACUUGAACUGGACCUGCAUGCCAUACUGAACGGUUAACAGCCGAAAUUGCUGCAUAAUAAAAAAUGAAAAUUUAAUGUGCAACCACUACUUGUUUGUUGCUUGGAAUCUCCUACAACUUCGAUGCAGCAUGAUAUUGCUGAAGUUGAGAUGAAAGCAAGACAAAAUCAGAGCAUGAGAAGGGGAAGGGGAAGAUAUAUACACACAAAAACAGAGAAAGAGAGGAAGGGGAAAUAUAUAUACACUUUGUAUAAGUAGCCGGAGCUGUAAAAUAUAGGGAGCACAUCAGCACAUGUGUACAGUUACUAGUUUUUAUUGGUAUCUCAAAUUUUUGGUUGGCAAUCCUACUCAGAAUGUAUUCAUGUAAGGCAUUGAUCCUGGCAAUAAUUCACUUGAAAUAGAGAUUUUUGUGAUUUUUGGAGCCUAUUCGGAAUUCAGUUAUACAAAGGGCCUAUUCGAGCGUUUGAGACUUUGAGGUAGAGGUUAGUGGUUUGCUAAAGUCAAACACUACUUCAAGUAUUUUUGUAGUUUAAUAAACUUGCCUCUUUCUUUCUUUCAUUUUUUUUUUGGGUUUCUUUGUAUUAUUACAUGACUAAUGUAAGUUUUGGAUAUACUCAGUGUUUAGGUUUUGGUAUACUUGGCCGAUCGGCUCAUUUCAAUGCUUAGAAUAUCUAAACUUUUAUGCA